AUGACAACACCCCCGUGUCCCCUCCUGGCUCAGGCUGUCAGGCAGCGCUCUGUCCAUGGUCUCUCCCAGAUAACCAGCAGUCUAUACAUCAGCAAUGGGGUGGCAGCCAACAAUGAACUCAUGCUGUCUACCAACCACAUCACGACAGUCAUCAACGUGUCGGCAGAGGUGACCAGCAUGUUCUUCAAAGGCAUCCAGUACGUACACGUGCCGGUGGUAGAUGCUCCCACCUCGCACCUCUACGACUUUUUUGACCCUUUUGCAGAUCACAUCCACAGCGUGGACAUGAAGCAGGGCCGAACGCUGCUGCACUGCGCCGCCGGGGUGAGCCGCUCUGCCGCUCUCUGCCUCGCGUGCCUCAUGAAGUACCACUCCGUGUCGCUGCUGGACGCCUACACGUGGACCAAGUCAUGCUGCCCCAUCAUCCGGCCCAACAUCGGCUUUUGGGAACAGCUUAUCCAUUAUGAAUUCAAGCUGUUUAGUAAGAACACCGCUCACAUGAUCAGUUCCCCGGUGGGUCUGAUUCCGGACAUCUACGAGAAAGAGGUCUGUUUGAUGAUGCCGAUGUGA